AUGGCGUCGUCUCACAGCGACGUGGAGGAGAACCUCAAGUGCUCCAUCUGUUUGGACUUCUUCACUGAUCCGGUGGUUCUCUCAUGCUCUCACAGUUUCUGUACAAGUUGUAUCAACAGGAACUGGAAUGAAAGUGAAGCCAGGAAAUGUCCUCUGUGCAGAAAAAAAAGUAGACACGCUCCUUGCAAAAGCCUGGUCAUCAGGGAGAUAUCUGAGGUGGUCGUAAAGAAACGCAGGGUUUUAAACGAAGAAGAGGUGUGUGGAGUCCACGAUCAGGAAUUCCUGCAGGAUCAGACCCUGGAAAUUGAGAAGCAGAUAAGAGAUGAGUUUAAGAAGCUUCGUCAGUUCCUCAAAGAAGAAGAAAAUGCCAGAAUAGCUGCACUGAAGCAGGAAGAGCAGGAGAAACGAGUCAGGAUAACAGUAAAGAUGAACGAAACUUCAGAGACAUAG